CCAAGAAGAAUGGACCCUCUGAGAUUAAGUCAAGGUUUCUGAAUGCAUGAUUGUUUGAGGUAUGUGCUGCUCAACAAUUGGUUUGCUGUGUAUAAUCUCAUAUUUACAUGCUGUGCUGUAUAUUGCAAAUGACAGUUGAAGUGGUAGUAUCCAUAAAGCCCAAAAGCAUUGGCAUAUUCUAACAAAGGAGGACUCGAGUGUAACAUUAGAGCCCUCUACAGAUCAAAUGCAGUCACUGUCUGGGUCCAUAUGGAGGACAGGAAAUGGGAGAGGAAGCCCGGGCUGCAUGGUUGGUCUCCAUGGAUACACCACAACAAGUCGGUGUGUGGAGGCAGAGAUUUGGCAGGACUUAAGGAGGUGUACUUUAUUUAUUUAUUUUUUAAUGUUUGGAUUUCCCAGUUACUAAAUGUGUUGAUCCUGAACCGAGAGAAAAGGUCUGCCAUGUGUGACGUAUACAGAGUUUCCUCCUCUGUUAAAGUGGAGCAGAUGGAGGCAGAGCUGUCGCAUCAACUCUCAGCACUCAGGACGGAAAUUGAAGAGAAUGGAUUUCCCCAAAGAGCGGGGCCCUCCAAAUGUUACAGGUUUGUUUCAGUUCUGUUCUCCCUCCGAAGGAUAUUUCCUUCUUCCGUGUGGAAAGGGAACAAGUGCUGAGGAGAGCGCUUCAGGUGAGUGAAGCUUUGCCAAUUCAGUCUCAGGCUGACGUCAUGCAGAGAGAGCUGGAUAGUUGCUUGAGUUUAGAGUACACUCCUGACAGUCUGCCUCCUCUGCUGCACCAGUUCUAUACUGACAGGUCAUAUCAAUUGGCUCAGAUCAAAUAUCUGCUCAUGCUGAGAUGGAGGAGAUUCUGCCGCCACACCAGCGUCAUUGAGAAGCUUUAUCCUCAUUACAAGGAUCAGGUGUCAUAUUUGACGAGUGAGUACGAGGACGCCAUUCAGAGAGCUCGCAGGCUGUCGGUGUGCAGAGAAAAGAUCCUGACCGGCCGAGAAAACCCUGCAAACCUGCUCACUCAGGAUGAUGUGGUCAUUUACCUGCGGUGGCUGGUCUGCCAUCUGCGCUCUGUUCAGACCGUUCACAACUUCCUCAGGGUGCUGCACUGCAUACCAGCAUGUGAAAGAAAAAAGAAAGAACCACAGCAAAAAGUUUAUGAGGAAACUUCACAUAAGACUCAACAUGUUGAGGGACUGGCUGCUGAUGUCCCCCUGCACACUGUUAACCUGGAGGAGUUUCUACCUGAGCUGCAGACAUUAAUCUCUCACUUCCACCUGUCCUAUGACACUCGAAAACUCCGGACCACUGCAGACGAGAUGGAGUUAUUCAGCAUGGUGUGGAGGGAGUUUAGAGCGAUUUUCGGACAUCAAGAGCAGAUGAAAACGUUUCCUCACUACGAUGGUGCAGAGGUCAAACGGAGCCAGUGGGGGAGGAAGAGUGCAAGCCUGGCUCUGAAGAAGGAGGCCAACUGGAUCCCCUUCAUUCAGGUGAAGCCCAAACGGGAUCCAUGGCAGCAGAAGCUCGUCACAAAGCUGAGGGAAAAGAAAUCUGUUGAUGAGCUGCUGAAGAUGCAAAGCAGGUUUCUUCAGGUCCCUGAUGUGCUCCAUGUGGCCGCGGCUGUAAAAGAACACGCUGCUCAUGUUGCCGACUUACAACCUGGACCGAACUCCUCAGUCUCACACGGCAGUAAGACAAAACGACAAAACGUCUCCGAGAUCUGGACGAGUAUUUACAGCGCCGCCUCUCUCACUCAGGAAACACACGAUCAGUCAGCCAGGUCUAGCAGCAGAGGAGGCCACGAUAAGAAGAGUCAAACCUCGAAUGCAACAAAUGAAAGCUACUCUUUCAAGGACAGCCUGCAGCUCUUGGGUCUGGAUGAUAGUUUAGAGGAAGGAACCUCAGAUCCCAUCGUAACCAGAGGUGCUUACCUGUCUCUGAUUCACCUGCGCCAUCUCAAACUCAGACAGCUCCAGCGCAUCUCUCUUGGGCUGCUGAACUACCUGCGCUCUAUGGAGAGGACUUUGACAUUUGACCUGUCAGGUCUGCAGCUGCAGGAAGGAGAGCUGUGCAGCACAGCGGAGGAAACAGGCUGGAUGAAUGCUGCCAGGGGAGGAAGAGGGGAGGCAGGAGGUCUCGGCUCGCUCCAGUAUAGCCACAGCACUCCUGUUGACUGUAAGGUCCAUUGCUCAGAGUUUAUGGAGUUUGCAGAGGUGGAGAACCUUCAUGAUUUCUACUGUGCAGAGGAACGGUUCGUCCACACUCAGGACCAGAGGGGGUUUUACAUCGUGUACGACGCUGCGCUGAAGGACCUGGAGGAGCUGGAAAACGAGCUUCUUCUAGUCGGCUCCCACUUCAUCCAGAGGAACAGGAUGAAGAAAAUGGGAAAAACCGAGAGAGCAGACGUCUACUCCUGGGCCGGGACAGAUGUCGACCGUGUUGCAGUGCUUCUUGACUUGUGGACAUGUGAGACAGAGUUUCUGGAGAGCAAAGUGCAGCUCCUGAACUGUUACUAUGAGGCCUACCAGCAUGCAUCAGGGACUGAGGAGAGGUUUGCGCUGGCUCAAGUUAUUACUGACAUCAUGCACAGUAGGCCACAACUGGACCUCAACCAGGAUUACUUUGUUCAGGCCUACAGAGCUGAGAUAGGCUGCCUGCAAAGCCACCAGCAGCUGAUCAAAGACAUUUUGGACAAUCAGAUUGAAAAACAGAGGCAGUACCUCCAACACAUCUGGAGAGACGACCGCAAAGGCUCCAUUCACGAUUAUGGCCUUCCACCAAACUACGUUCCCCAACAUCUGGUCUCACUUGGAGGCAGCAGCCCUGCAUUGAUGAACAUUUUCCUCCUGGAGGUUCAUCCGUCCCUCUGCCUGGCUGCUGCAAUCUAUCACAGUUUAGUUCAGGCUCACACAGAGCUCUGUCAGCUGCAACGAGCCACGAGCAUCACCGACAAACUCACCCUGCGACAGAAGCUCCUGCAGCAGGCCCUGCAGAGCUGGAACAGCCUGGCUUCACCCGGAGCCUCGUACAGCGCUCAGAUACAGAAGGAUUUGUUUUCAGAUGUGUUUUUUGAAGACCCGAUUUUGGUCCAAAAGGUGGGGCUGUCUUUGGUAAGAUCUGCAGAGGAGGAGGAUGUGACACAGGGAAGAGGGAAACAAUUGUUUGCUGUGGAAACUUUCUCCAAGCUGCUGGAGCUCGUCACCAUCCGCCACCGUCUGCUGGAGUCGGCCUCAGAGACGGCACAUCUGGCACAGUUGUACAGAAGUGUGGCGUCGGAGCUCGGCUUCGAUGACUUCCACCUCUAUCUGAGGCCGGUGCAGUUUGAGGUCGCUGAACAGAAAGACAAAGCAGAGCAGAGGCCUGUUUUUAUCACAGCGAUACUGGAGGACGACAGCUCUGUGGACAGGUUCACCCCGUCCCACCUGCCUCUGAGCAUCCGGGAACUGGACGAGAACCAGAUCGGGAGGUUCAGCUUCAGCUCAGAGGAGGCAGUUAUUCAUCUUGUGAACAAACAGAGUGUAGAAAACCUCCAGGUGACUCUGGCCUGUCAGGUUACACAGAAGAACGCUUUGAUAAGUGCAGUGAAACUGGUUUGUCUUUGUCACUGGGCAGAGAGUGAGACGUCUUCAGCUGAGAGGGAAGCAGCCUUUCGUUCUAAUGAAGAUGUAAAAUUUGACUCCAAACGUGGAAUCGACACCAACAAGCUGCACCAAGAAUCAAACUCUUCACCCUCAAAAGGUUCAGCAAGAACUCCCACCACGACCAAGGAGAGGCUGAUGGAAGCAUUUGUGUCCAUCCAGCUGGAAAAAGUGGGCCUGCGUGACGAGAUGCUGAAUUCAUUUAUGAAGAAGAAACAGGCCGUGGGGGGUCUUAUGAAAACCCCAGAGGAGGCUGCGAAGAUCAAAAGGAGGCUCAUAAUCGACUUUCUCAAGAAAUUCACCACACAGAUAUCUCAGUACUGUGUGAGAGCGCAGAUUGUUGCAUAUUACUACCAUCUAUCCUUCAUUUUGGACGACAACCCCUCCAUCUGUCAGUUGCACUUUGUGAUUGGGCGAGCCGGGAAGCCCAGUGUUAAUCUGGAUUCAGGAGCUGACCUUUGCCCUGACCCCAGGAGCUCCCAGUGUUGGCCGCAGCAGCUGUUGUCUGCAGACGGCAAAAAUCUCCUCAACCUGUGGUUCGUCCCCCACUUCUCUCAAGUGCUUCACAUGUUCAAAACACUGGAUGUUUCGGAAUGUGCUACAGCUCUCCAUCACACUCUGCAGAUAGUUUCAGCUCUUCAUGACAUUAUUUAUUACCUGGUUAGUUUUUCCAGACUGGGAAACACAGAAGACUCCCGCAGCAGCAGGAGAGGACAGGAUGCACCCGGCUCACUAGCAGCUGACUGGGGAGGCACUGAAGGCAUUGGAGCAGAGCUGCUGGAGAUCCAGCGUCAGGUCGACAGUCUGUCUGAUCCCAGCAGCCCAGAGUCUGUCGGCCGUCUGCUGCAGCUGCGCAGGCAGGUCCUCCUGCUGCAGUUUGAUACUGCUGUCAGACACCUCAUCAGGGAGGUGUUCCUCUCCUCUGGUGAUGUUGCCUCCUACCAGAGUGUGAGCGACAACAUGGCGACUGCCCUCCCCCUGCUGAGUGACAGUAACCGGACUGACGUGUUCAGUCUCACGCUGCCUGUUCCUCGACCUCUAGAGACGCGAGGCUGUCAGGCACAAAGGAUGUAUCCAUGGAGAUGUUUCAUAGCCUGGCAUGGGUUGUUCCCUCUGCAUGUUUGGGACGUCACUCCCAUCGAACACUGCAUGCAGCUGUGUCUGAGCGGUCUGAGUGAUCGCAGCCGACUGCAGGCCAACGCAGCGAUCCUCGGCGUGUCGCUGCUCAUGGAGGACGUCCUGAACAGUGGAAGAGAGGCAGAGCCUGUUCGUCUCCAUGGCAACAGAGAUGACCUUCUGCACGAUGGAAAACCUAAUGAGGGGGAUGAACUCAGCUUUGGAGCUGAAGAAGAGGAAAAGACUUGUGUCUCCACGGCUCCUCUUCAAGGUCCGAUCAGAGUCCAGUCUGUGCUGAAAGGUUUCCUCCUGCUGACGAAGCAGCUGCAGGUGUUCAAGGAGAGCUGGGCCCGAAGACGUCUGGGUGCUCAAAUGUUCAGAACGCCCAGUUUGUAUCAACAGUUCAUGAAACUCUACAGAGCUGAAAUAUUUUACCCCAGCAUGAGAGCUCUGGCUCAACAAAUGGGUAAGGAGCGGGACUAUGAGGUCUUACUUUCUGGCAGCCAGUCUCUCCUGCCCCCGCCUAGAGCUUCAGAGGUUGACGUGAAAGCCCGGCAGCUUCACAAGCUGCUGGAGAGCACCGAGUGUGACAUGAUCAGAGAAGUGCAGAGGAAGAUUAACAGAGAGCUGACCCUGGUGGUUUCAGAGCGAACUCGACAGGACACAGGCCUCCCUACAGAGCUGUGGAAGAAAGCCCCACUGAAGUACAGUUUGUCUCCUGAGCGGCCGCAGAUUGUGGAGAUGUUCAUCCAGCAGCUGAUGGAGGGAAGUGAAGACGCUGAGGGACAGCUGAGGGUCUCUCAGGAUCAUCUCCAGCAGUGUCUCACUCACCUCGGCUGUUCUCUGAUGGAGAGAGAGCGUCGCAGCUUCCUGCUUUACUCUCAGUUUUAUGAACAGAUCCUGCAGCAGGAGACUCAGCUCCUGCAUCAGAGAGAGCAGGAUUUAAAGAAUCUUAAGGACUCUCCAUCCAGCAGCUCUCACAAAGAGGUGGCUGCUGUUUGUCGUGGGAUGAUGUUGGAGAUCUCAGCGCUGCAGGCCCAGGUCGCUCACCUGGAAGAAGAGAAGAGAAAUCUAGAGGAGAAACUCAGUCUCAAAUUCAGAGAACGCUACGACCCUUUGGUCCGACACCUCUUCUCCUCCUGCGUCCAGCUAAAGGCCAGGCUUGAUGAGCACCACCGGCAGAUGGAGCAGGAUGUGAGCGAAAUGGUGAACAGAAUAAGAGGCGAAGGAGUGGACAGAAUUAUUAAACUCAAGAAGAUGUACAGCUGCACCAAAGACAAUGAUGGACUCACAGUCACGCAGUUAAAGAAAGAAGAAGUCCAUGAGUUGCACCUGGAGAACAGCCGGCUGACUUCUCUGCUCUGUAAACUGAAGGCUCUGAGCAGCUGGAGGCAGCUGGUCGACCAGGAGAAACUUCACCGACAGCUGCUUCAAACUCAGCAGAGGGAGAUUACCUGUCGCACCGACGCUCUCAGGGUGAAGAUGACGUCAGAGGAGGAGGUGGUUUUCCUGCAGGAGGAGCUGGAGGCCGUGAGGAAGGUGUUGACCUGCUGUCAGGCCGAGUGCAGCAGCACCAAGAAGCUGCUCAGCAGGAAGACAGCGGAGCUCCAGGUGUCCAGGCAUCAGUCUGCACAGGAGGCCCGCAGCAGGCAGGAGCUGGACAGCUAUCGAGUGCAGAGCCUGGAACAAAUGAGAGCCGACAUGGAGGACAGAGAGACACAGCUCAGGGCGCUCAGCGAGCAGCUGGACAGAGGUAGCAGGAUGAACCAGCUACACCGACAGCGCAGCGCCAAAGAGAUCCGACAGGUGAGGGGACGGCUACAGCAAGAGCUCACCCUCAAACAAGAAGCCUUUCAGCAGGUGGACAAACUGCAGAACCAGGUGAACGACAUGGAAGCAGCUUUGUCCCGAUGCACCUCUACGACAGGCCAAAGCAGGGCUUAUUACACGCUGUCAGUGAGCAGAUUGAGUGCUAGAAGUCCCUCAGCAGGUCCACGCAGGGCCAGUCAGCAGCAGUCCGCCCUGCAGCUUGGCAGCCUCACAAACUACGGCACACUUCAGGACUGUGCGACAGAGCCAAGACACCAGAGAGCAGAAACAGCCAGGAGCCGUUCUGAUACAAGAAUAGACCGACCGAAAGCAGAUCCGACUCGCCUGCGCGUCCCAACUGCUGAGACGACGCUACCAGACCUGUGAGGUUUUCCCAGAGGGUAUUUUGUAAAGCAACACCCACUUGUUAACAAGUUAGCUGCUGUUUGACAUUCAGGGUGCUCUCUGGUUCUGUCUUUAGUUGUAUGUGAAACAAAUUGUAUCCGUGUUAUUUUUAAAGCAUAAACCUAAGUGAGGGUUUGGCUCAUUUUCAAUCAUCAUGGCAUUUUAUUAUCCAGUUUAUUUUAGAUCAUCAUGUACUGUGCAUGUAUUCCCUUCCAAAAAGUGCAGUACCUUUACACUGCUUCCAUAUUUCAGCCCCAUAGACACUUUUUCUUCAUGUAAAAUGCAUUAAUGUUAGAAUACUUUCUAUCAAUUGACAAUAAAAUGUUGUAUUCAGUUUUAAUAAAACACAA